GGGGGGCGGGGCUGUGACGAAGCCGAGGGAGGGCUGUGCCUGCCCUCACCUAACAUGGCUGCCGCCGCCUCAGCGCCAUGCAGCGCGCGGCACGUGAAGCGGCCCGGGCCCUGCUGCGCGCCGCCGCGGGCCGCCGCUGCUUCGCGCCGCCGCGAGGCCGGGCUGCGGCUCCGGCGCUCGGGGGGCCGCCGCGCCGCGCGGUCUGCAGCUCCGCCGCGCCGGGCCCCGUGGGGCGGGUGGAGGCCACGCACUACCAGCUGGUCUAUACCUGCAAGGUCUGCCAGACCCGAUCAGCCAAAACAAUUUCCAAGUUAGCCUACCAUAAAGGGGUGGUGAUAGCGAAGUGCCCCGGCUGCAAGAAUCACCAUGUCAUAGCAGAUAACUUGGGAUGGUUUUCUGAUCUGGAAGGAAAAAGGAAUGUCGAGGAAAUCCUGGCAGCCAAAGGGGAGAAGGUGAGACGUGUGGUUGGUGAGGAAGACCUGGAACUGCUGCUGGAAAGCACUGCAGAUACCGAGUCACAAAGUCAUCCUACGGAGGGAGAAGGUGGGGAAGCCCCCCCAGAGACUGGCGGCAAGGGACCAACCUGAUGAACUGCAUUUGUGUCGUUCUGCUUAUGGCAGGGAGAGACUUAGCAUUUCUUUCCUGAUUUCCGUUGUCUUUGUUUAAAAUAAAUGCAGGGAGGCACUGGCCUUCUUAUUUUG